AUGACUUGGAAGAAACUCAAUUUUCGUGCUGCAACUGCUUUUGGAUUAAUUUCGCUUCUUCCACUCAAAGUGCCAGCAUUCAAGCCUUUGAUGUACUGCAAUGAAGCUGAUGUUGAGCAAUCGCCCAUCAAUAUUGAUGACAAAAUUUAUACUUGUUCGAACAAAAGUAUUUUGAUUUCUUUUUGCGACUUCAUAAGUGAGAAUCAAAUUUUCAAUGAAGAUGAUAAAUGUGUAAAUAGAACCAUGGAAUGUCAUAACAAGCAUUCAAAUGAUGAAAUCUUUUGUGACAAUGGAACUUUACUUAGUCGAUCUUCACUUGUUUGCAAUUCCACGACAUUUUUGAAUGGAACCAAAUACAACGAAACGUUGACAAUUUUAAAUUGUUUCAAAGGAGAAAUCAAUGCUAAGUUGGCUUCAUUUAUCCCAACAACUACAACCGAAGAACCAUUAACGACUACGACUGAGAAGAAUCUUUCUUUGGCUUCAAGGAUUCAUGUUUUCUUCAUGAAAAUCAUCGGAAAAGAAGAAGAGCUUGAGAAGAUCACGACGACAACAACCACAACUACAACAACAGAUGAUCCUCGAUUAGCUUUGAAAGAAGAUGAUAAGUUGUGGGCUCCCGAGGCGAUGACAAUUCCACCAGAAACGACACCUGCACCUACUACCACUACUACUGAAGCUCCAUAUGUGGUAAUGGGAUGGAGAUGGGCAACAUUAGAAAAUGGUACAAUGCUUCGGUUGUAUGAUAGACCAUUGGGACCAGAGGAAUUGAGUUAUUAUGAUUUGAUGAUUAGCUUGGGUUUUCCUCCUUCGACGGAUGGUUUAUACAAAAAAAUUCGGAUUACAACUGAAUCUACUAUGGAAGGAACGACGACAACUCCAACUCUAUUUCUUGCUAAAGUUUACUCUGAAGGUCCUUAUGUGAUGAUGAAGCCUUCAAGAAAUAAUGUGACAAACUUUGUAGAACUAAGCAAGUUGAACAUGGAAGAAUAUUUAACUUACAAGGCUGCCAAAAUGUUACGAAAAGAAUAUUUUUACGAUGACAUUUAUAAGAAGAUUCCUUUUACUGCAACUACUGCAAGGAAUGAGAAUGAUAAUUAA